GCCUAUGGUGUAUGAAUAAGGGAAUGAUGAUUUUGAUAUGAUGUAAUCAUAUCGGCCUUAAUGAAAAUAUAAAACUAAUUGAUGGGCGUGAAAUUAUGGGAGUUUUGAGAUGUCUUGUUCUAGUGUUUAAGAGAAUAUUUAGAGGUCCAAAAUGGUUGCAGAAUUACCAAUGUAUGUCCGCCCUUGGUGCUGUGGCCCUGAUGGGUUUCUUCUAUGGGGCAUUCACCCUUGGAAAAAUGACUCGCAGAAAGAUGUCCGUGACAAAAUGGCAACCAGUUUAUUUAGGUGAACAAAUGAGACGAGACCCGAAGAUUUCCAGAAAUCACAAAUUAUUCAUGAAAUGGCAAAAAGGUUUUGGGAAUCAGUUAUUUCAAUAUGCGUCCUUAUAUGGUAUUGCUAGAGACAACAAAAUGCAAGCGAGCAUUUCUAGCAAUCUUGAACUCUGGGACAUAUUCAAAUUAGGUGAUGAUGUCGUCAAUGACUACAAGGACCUACCAUAUCUUUCAAGGCCUAGAUAUUUGGAAAAGAUUGGGCGAUAUGACAAAAGAACACAAUUUUUAAAUUAUAAUCUUGACAUAACUUUAGUCGGUUACUUUCAGUCUUGGAAAUAUUUCGAAACUUAUAAAGAUGAUCUUAAGAAACAUUUCACUUUUAAUUAUGAUUACAGAAAAAAGAUCAACUCAUAUCUCAAAAGGAUUCCAGGUUUUAAACAAGGGAAUAAGACAAGAUCUACCACCCUAGUGGGGAUCCAUAUCCGCAGAGGGGACAUGUUGGACUAUAAUAACGUCAAGCUUGGAUAUACAGUCGCGGAUGAAUUCUAUAUCCAGAAAGCUAUGACCUACUAUCUGAGUAAAUACACCAAUGUUGUGUUUAUCGUAGCUUCUGAUGACCCAGAAUGGGCGAAACAAACUGUCAAUCAAAGUUUGCGAAAGUACUAUAUGAGUCAUCAAAAUCGCAAAAGCAAAUUCUACCCGAAGGCAAGGUAUCUAAAUAAUAACACAAGAGAAUUUGAUUUUGGAGUAUUAAGUAGUUGCAAUCACAUGAUAAUGACGGUGGGUACAUUUGGUUGGUGGGCAGGAUGGCUUGCAGGGGGAGAGGUGAUCUACUUUAAAUUCUACCCCAGGCCAGGUUCAGAUCUAGCUGCUUUAUUUACACCCGAGGAUUAUUAUCCACGUAACUGGAUUGGGAUGUGACAUAAUGUUGUAAAUGCAUAUAACAGAAUAGGAUAUGGAAAUUCAGCUUUUUUCAUAAUGAACCUUUUGGUCAUUAAUAUAAUAUGGCAAUCUUGAUUCUGGACAUUCUCACUGCUUAUUUUAUACUAUAUGUAUGUACAUAGUGAAUAAAUUAAUUCCCUUCAAUUUCUAUUGAGUUUGUUUUGUAAAAGGUUGAUAGAGUUAUGUAACUUCUUCUUGGUGCGUAGCAUAAUAGCCUGACCCCCCAGGUGUGAUAUACAAGAGUCUACCAUCAAGUUUCUCCCACCCCUCAUCCUCUACCAUCUCUGGGAAUUGAUGCAUAGCCCAAGGGCAAAGAGAGAUUUAUCUUAGGACGUAUAUUGCUAUCUUUGCCUAAGGCAUCUUUCUAAUUCUCAACAGUGUUAAAUCAUUAAUUUCAGUUUGCAACCUCCCUUUCACAAUUUUAAGUGUUUGAUU